GUAUUGUCCACUAUAUUUUGUUGUAUUAUUCUCUAAUGCUUUUAAAUAUUUGGGGGGAAAUUAGUUUGUCUUCCUUUUGCAGAUGAUGGAAGAACCAGGACUGCCGGUGCUGUUGGUAAAUGAAAUAGGUGGAGUUCGUGGUGUCUCCGAAGCACAUCUACCAUUUCUGAAAAAACACUUUAACCUUAUUACCAUGAAGGAAUUCCUUGAAAACAAAGCCUAUUUUAGUGAAAAGGUCAAAGCUAUUUAUCUAUGGUACUUUAAACCAGACAUUGACAAAGAACUUCUGAUGUGCCUGCCUAAGUUACAAGUGAUUGCAAAUGCUGAAGUGGGUAUGGAUCACCUGGAUUUGAAACUGAUUUCUGGAUUUGGAGUGAGGAUGGCCAGUACUCCUGAUGCUCUCUGUAGUGCCACUGCAGAGGGUGGCAUUGCCCUGCUGUUGGCAGCUGCUAGAAGAUUAUUGGAAGGUUGCCAGAUAGCUGUUUCUCCUGACACUGAAUAUUUUGCUAGUAACUGGUUAGGAGAUGAAGUGACUGGAGCCACUCUGGGUAUCAUUGGAAUGGGCAACAUUGGAUACAGAAUUGCUCAGAAAGCGAAGGCAUUUGAGAUGAAAAUUCUUUAUCACAACAGGAACAGGAGGAAAGAAAAAGAGGAACUGGUUGUGGGUGCCUCCUAUUGCAGCAAGCCUAGAGAGGACUUGCUCCAGCAGUCUGAUUUUGUGAUGCUGGUUGUGAAUCUGACACCUCAGGCAUACAAACUGACUGGAAAAAAGGAGCUGGAGCUGAUGAAACCAACAGCUACCCUCAUAAAUAUAUCUAGAGGACCCGUUGUAGAACAAGAUAUGCUUUUGAAAGCUCUUCAAACUGGUGUUAUUAAGGGUGCAGUCAUGGAUAUCACUUACCCUGAACCUCUGCCCAGAGAUCACCCAUUACUGAAAUUAAAGAAUGUUCUCAUAACUCCUCCUCUUGCAGGCAGAACAACCAGAUCCUCCUUUAUGGUGAUGAAGGAAGCAGUAGAAAACAUACUAGCUGCUCUUAGUGGUCUCCCAAUGCCUAGUGAAGUAUUUCCUGACUGACCAUGCCACAAAGAAUUGCACAAAACAAAAACUGUCCCACAAUUUUCCCUAAUGGAAUAAAGAUAUUGAUUUGUCAUAGAUGUAUCGAUGCAAACUGAAUUUCACAUAUAUGUGCAUUAGUCUUAGUUCUGGAUGGA